AUGGACAGACAGUAAGUCCUCCUAAUUUGUUUAUAAUACUCUCUUAGAAACAACAACUAAGGUGAAGAGGAGAAGAGAACCGACUCCGAAGCUCAACAGUAAGAAGAAGAAGAAUUCAUCACCAACUGGGAUGAAGUAGUCGAGAGCUUCGAUGAUAUGGGACUUAAAGAAGGAGUACUCAGAGGUAUCUACGGUCACGGUUUCGUAAAACCUUCUCCAAUUCAACAAAAAGGUAUUCUACCUGUAAUCCAAGGCAAGGAUACUAUUGCACAAGCACAAUCAGGUACUGGUAAAACUGGAUGCUUUACCAUCUCAAUUCUUUCAAUCAUCGAUACAGCCUCAAUUAACACUUAGGCUUUGAUCGUUGCCCCAACCAGAGAGCUCGCUCAAUAAAUUGCUUACGUAGUCUAGGCUAUUGGUGAGUUCAUCUAAGUGAAGGUUCACGCAUGCGUUGGAGGAACCGUUGUUAGAGAUGAAAUCAGAAUUCUGAAACAAGGAGUUCACGUCGUAGUCGGCACACCAGGAAGAGUCUUAGACAUGAUGAAGAAAGGAUUCUUAAAGGCUGAUCAUCUUAGAGUCUUCUGCCUCGAUGAAGCUGAUGAAAUGCUCUCAAGAGGUUUCAAAACUCAAAUUUAAGACAUCUUUAAGUACUUGCCCGCUGAAAUCUAAAUCGCUUUAUUCUCAGCUACCAUGCCAAUUGAUAUUCUUAAGUUGACAAAGCACUUCAUGAGAGACCCAGCAAAGAUCUUGGUAAAGAAUGAAGACCUUACCCUUGAAGGUAUCAAGCAAUAUUACAUUCCAAUUGAAAAGGAGGAGUGGAAAAUCGAUAUCUUGCUUGAUCUCUACGGUAAUCUCGACAUUAAUCAAGCUUUGAUCUAUUGCAACACAAAGAAGAGAGUCACUGAGCUCGCAGAACUCAUGAAGGAAAAAGACUUCGUUGUCUCAGCUAUGCACGGAGAGAUGGAUCAACUUACUAGAGAUAUGAUCAUGAAGGAGUUCAGAACUGGUUCAACCAGAGUUCUUAUCACCACUGACUUGAUGGCCAGAGGUAUUGACGUACAACAGGUCAGUCUAGUCAUUAACUACGAACUCCCCCAAAAGAAGGAGAACUACAUUCAUAGAAUCGGUAGAGCUGGUAGAUAUGGUAGAAAAGGAACUGCCAUUAACUUCGUCUCACCAAACGACGCUAGAUUCAUUAAGGAGAUUCAGGAGCAUUUCAGUACUCAAAUUGAAGAAAUGCCACAAGAUUUGAAUGAAUUAAACUGA